UUAUGCGCCACCUAAUUCAAACAUCAAAUAAGCUGUGUCCCAACUUAACAGCACCGAACCAUACCCCGAGUCCUUUUAGCGCACUGGUUACAUUAGCUAUAAUAUCAUUCAGUAUUUGAAGAAUAGAAUACUUUUACUGGGUAUUUACGAGCCACAAUCACGACGAGAAAGUAUUACAAGCGCCUACAUAGCCCUAUAUAAUUACAAUCAUACCUAAGAAAUAGACUAAUAUUCCUCCGCGUUAGGCAUGUUGGAUCCUAACAGCUAUACUGUUGGAUGGAUAUGUGCUGCCGGAAAAGAGCUUGUCGCGGCACAAGUAUUUCUUGAUGAAAAGUACGAUGUUCCGGAUGAUGUGCCUGUCAAUGACAACAACACUUAUACGUUGGGCCGAAUAGGAAACCAUAAGGUUGUUAUAGCGGUGAUGCCACAUAAACAGCAAGGACUCGUUAGUGCUGCGAUCGUUGCCAGAGACAUGGUACGUAGUUUUCCUAACGUCCGCCUCGGCCUGAUGGUAGGCAUUGGCGGGGGUGCACCAAGCUCGAAGUACGAUAUUCGUCUGGGGGAUAUUGUUGUAAGCUCUCCCGACAAUGAUCAUGGUGGUAUGUUUCAAUACGACUAUGGGAAAACAAUUCAAGGAGAAAGAUUCACGGUCAUAGGUCAUCUGAACCAGCCGCCGCUAUUUGUGCUGUCGGCGCUGGCUGUGCUCCAGGCUUAUUAUACGAUUGAAGGCCAUACGAUCCAAGAGACUAUUGACAGUAUCAUCCAGGAGAAGCCUCAAUUACUAGAGGAAUACAAACGGCCGAGUAUAGCUACCGAUAGACUAUACAAAUCAAACUUUAAACAUCAGCACGGAGAUGAGGCAAGCUGCGAAAUGGGUUGUGGUGAUAACGAAUCAAACUUGAUACCACGAACCGAGCGAGGGGAGUAUCAAGACAAUCCUGCAAUCCACUACGGUCUCAUCGCUUCCGCAAACCAAUUGAUGAAAAACGCAUUGAUUCGGGACGAGCUCUCAAAAGAGAAGGAUGUACUAUGCUUUGAGAUGGCAGCCGCAGGGGUCAUGAAUCACUUCCCCUGCUUGGUUAUUCGUGGUAUAUCCAACUACUCAGAUACGCACAACAGCUCGGCAUGGCAAGGUUACGCAGCGAUGGCGGCAGCUGCAUACGCGAAGGAUCUCCUGAGGAAAGUCGUACCUAAUAAAGUCGAAGCUGAGAGGAGGUUAAGUGUAAAUUUUUCUGAUGGUGAUCUAGUGGCCUUAUUUGAUGCUGCUGUGUGUUCCUGUAUGCAAAAGAUAGGUCAGUAACGGUUUAAUAGUUGAGCACCUAAUAUUGGCGAGUGUUAAAUCAAAUGUUACAAGGUUACAUGAUAAAAA